ACCCUUCCUACAGAUUCAAAAACCCAUGCUUGGGUUUCUGAUUAAAAAAAACUAAAAUAAUGGAUGUUAUUUUCGAGCCCCAAAGAAGGGAACGCUUCUCCAUUGAAGUGGGUUUUUUCGACUCGGUGCUGGAGAUCAAAGAAAAGAUUCAAAAAUACCACAACAUACCCAUUUCCAACCAAACCCUAAUCUUCAAUACCCAAGUCCUCCAAGACGACCACGACGUCGCUUACUACGAAAUCCUCCAGAACUCUAUUGUCCACCUCAUCAUCGCCUCCGACCAUGACAACAACAUUCCCACCAAUUCCAACACCAUCCAAGAUUCUUCAAGCUCCAUUAACAAAAUUCAACUCGCCCUCAAAAUUCCCACCUCCAAAAUCCACGUCCUCGUUGAAAUGGACGCAAACGACACCAUCGGCACUCUCAAGGAGAAGAUUCAAGAAACAGAAGGCGUACCGGUUAGCCGAUUGGCGCUUCAUUCCGGCGGUACCGAAUUGCAUGAUCAUCGCUGUUUGCGUGAUUGCGAGCUCUCCGAUAACGCGGAGAUCGAGGUUAGUAUUAGACAUUCUCAGACUACGGUUUCUGCUCAAGCGGGGACAGCGGUGGGGCCCAAAAAACUGAGGGUGAUGGUGCUGCCGAAAUGCGGGACUAAGAAGAUUCCGGUGGAGGUGAAUGCAAAUGACAGUGUCGGGGAAUUGAGGAAGGAGUUGCAGAGACUGCACCAGAAGCUUCACUUCCAUCUUCCACAGGAGGGUUACUUUUUCAUUUACAAGCAGAAUGUGAUGGACGACGACAAGUCGUUUCGUUGGCACCAUGUUGCUCAGGGUGAUACCAUUGAGAUCUUCAAUGGAAGUAUUACCGGUGGAUCCUAAAAAUUGGCUUGCUGCAAGUUCAUAGUU